UGUGUGUUGUUGCCACAGAGAUGAUGUUACGCGUUAUUUGGUUCCCCCGUGUUUGUGCCUCGAGUCAACGGAACUUUCCCUGGGAAUCAGGAUUGUCCUGGGAAUUAAAACACACCGUGGCCGCGGGCUGAAGCAAUGCUGGCACCCACUUAGUGAAUCUAAGGAUGCACACCACGCGGAGCCCUUCGUCCAUCCCCACCGGCAUCUCAGGGGAAGCCUUGGACCUGAGCUUGUCAGGCUCCCAGCUUCCUAUGAACAAACGACCCAGCAGUGCAUCUCCUGGGAAGUGCUUCUCUAGGUCAGUGUCGGUGUCUGUGGCUGGUGACAGCAGAGGAAAACGCAACACCCUGAGUGACGCCAACCAUGGUAGCUCCAGAUCCAUCAAGAACCUGAGGCGGUCCCACAGCACCACUCAGGUUAAUCAGCAGGCAAACCUCAGUUUAAGUCAGGAUCAGGGUGAGGACUACUUGGCCCUGUUUGGCAGCAGCUCAGAUGGACGCAAGAAGCUGGCCAGCUUUAGCAAGGCGUCACCAGACGGGACCACGUGGAACAUCUUGGACGAUCAGCCCCGAGUUUUCCCCCAGCACUCGAGCUCCUGCAGCACUGGCAGCGUGGACUCUCCCACCGGCCCAAAGAAAAGAGAAGCUGGUGUCGCUCUGGCUGCCACCUUCACUGCCAAUAACAGGAGCAACAAAGGAGCUGUGGGGAACGCUGUCACCACCAUCUUACACAACAACCACUCGGAGAAACCGCUCACACCUAAGAGCUCCAACCAAAAGCCAUCCUUCAACAACAUCCUAAAGGCUACAGCAAAUGAUGAGGUGUCGCUGGACAGCAGCUCCCUCACAAAGUCCCAGAAGAAUUUUUCUUCUUCUCCUUCCACGUCCAACAACAAAUCUCUGGUGCCGGCCCACCGUGGCAGCCCUGUCCUGCCUCGUAGGAGGGAGGUCACUGAGGAGGAGGCAGAGAGGUUUAUUCAGCAGGUGAACCAGGCAGCAGUGACCAUCCAGCGCUGGUACCGGCGCCAUGCCAACAGGCAGCACGCAGGCCAGGGUGCAUUUAAACGCAUCUUGCUCACUAAAAGAAAGGAGCGGGAGGAGAAAACUGAAGAAACCAGCCUGGAGCAGCAGCAGAGGAAAGAUGAAGACAGAAAACAAAUUCGAGAAGAGAAAGCUCGUCUAGCCCGGCUCGCUGCCAUCCAGGAGCUGCAGCACAAAAGAGCCCAGCAAGCAGCAGAGAUGCAGCACAGAUCUGACGUCGAGGUGGAAGACCUGGGGCAGACUGCUGUGGCUGCAUGUAAAAAGCCACCCAGAAUAUCCUUGUUCAACAGAAACCCAGCUUCAGCAAGCAACAACAACCCACUGUCACCCACAGAUGUCAAAGCCAAGAACACAGACUCCAACUUGAAUGUUGUGGCUGACGUGGGUGAGCUGAGCUUUAGAGCCAUUUCUCCAGCUUUGUCCAACCGUAGAGGAUCCCAGUGUUCACAGUAUCAAGAGGACAGAGCAGAGGAAGACGUUUGCCUGGAGCAGCAGCAAAAGGAGAACGACAGGAAGUUGAUCCGUAAAGAGAGAAGUCGCCUGGCUCACCUCUCUGCCACAAAGGAGCUGCAUCAGAAAAAGACCCAGCGUGGAGCUGAGGGGGAGAACCCGAGGCAAGUAGGUGUGGUCGGACAAAAGAAGCCUGCUAAAAGCAUCCAGAUCAACAAAUGUCCGUCCUCACCAAGCAACAAGAGCCCAAUGUCGCCCUCAGACAUGAAAGCUAAAAACACAGACUCUAAUUUGAAUGUUGUGGUUGACUCGACGGAGCUCAGCUUCAGGGCUGUUUCCCCGGCUUUGUCCAAUCGCAGAGGUUCCCAGUGUUCCCAGGAGAUUCUGCAGAGGACCUUGACUGUGGAAGACCAGCGACAAGGAGCAUUUUCUAGCAGGACUCCAUCUAAAACCACCCUCAGCGAGCUGCUGGACACUUUAAAGCUGCUAGAGGAGGAGCCAGACAGGCUGUCGGAACAGCUGCCCAAGUGCUACCACAAAGAGAAAUACGCCUGGAUAGAUGAUGACGGAGACGCCAACACUCUGACCACAGACAACCUGGAGCGCCACGGCCAGCUGAGUCACCACGCCGCUCUGCCCGAUGGCGGAGCCCUGCUCUCUGAGGCCAAGCUGCAGAGCAUCAUGAGCUUCCUGGAUGAGAUGGAGAAGUCUGAACAGGAGAGACCUCGCUCAGUCACCUCAGGAUCUCACAGAGAGGCUGUGCUGUCUGAGGAGGAGUUGGCAGUGGUGGAGCAGGCGUCUGCCACCGCUGCUGAACUCACAGGCUCCAUGAUGAGGAUCCGGCUGGAGCUGGAGGAGAAGAAACGCACCGUCAACAUGCUGCAGACUGCACUGGCCCAGCAGAGGGAGCUGACAGCCAGACAUGUGAAGGAGACGGAGAAGGAGCUGAACAGGAGCUUCCAGCUGCAGAAGGAGCAGUAUGAAGCCACUAUACAGAGACACCUCACCUUCAUCGAUCAGCUGAUAAAUGACAAAAAGUCUCUGAGUGAACGCUGUGAGGGAGUAGUGGGAGAACUGAAGCAGGUGGACCAGAAAUACACCAAGAAGAUAGCACAGAUGCAGGAGCAGCAUGAAAUGGUGUGGCAAAUUCUGGGUCCCUUGUGUGAGGAGAUCAAGAAGUUAAAAGACCUAAUGAGUGCCUCAGAGAAGAUUCGCAGGGAGAAGUGGAUUGAUGAGAAAACCAAGAAGAUCAAAGAGAUUACUGUGAAAGGUCUGGAGCCAGAGAUCCAGAAGCUGAUCUCUAAACACAAACAGGAGCUGAAGAAGCUGCGAACGCUCCACGAGGCAGAGUUGCUCCAGGCAGACGACCGGGCUGCCCAACGCUACGUCCGCCAGUGUGAGGAGCUCCGCCAGCAUCUGGAGAAGGAGAAGGAGGAGCAGUGUCAGAGAGAAAGGGAACUAGCCAAACAAAGAUAUGAGAAGCAGCUUCAGGAGGAGGAGCUGUCUCUGCAGCAGCAGAGGAGGCGGCUUUACAAGGAGGUGGCCGACGAGAAAGAGAGGCUGGCCCAGCUCGCUGCAAGGCAGAGAGCUGAGCUGGAGGACCUGCGACGGCAGCUGGAGGAGAAUAGCUCUGUGGCUGGACGAUCCCUCAGGGAGGAGCUGGACAAGACCAGAGAGGAGCAGGAGAGGAGACACCAGAUGGAGAUGAAGACGUUACAAGAGCGUCUGGACAUUGAAAAGCAGGCCUGGGAGGAAAACUACAAGAAGAAAGAGGAAGCGUGGCUGCUGAGCCGUGAGCGCGAGCUCAAAGAAGAGCUGCGGAGAGGGCGCGACAAGGAGAUCGAGCUCGCCAUCUGGAAGCUGGAGGAGGAGACCAGCAGGGACAAAGAGGAGUGUGAGCGGGCGGCUGACAACAGAGUGAAGCGUGUGAGGGAGAAAUAUGAGGCGGAGCUGAGGGAGCUGGAGUCCUCUGAAAAAGCUUCUGUGGAGAAACAACAAGAGCUGAGGAAGCAGCAGAUGGAGACGGAGGGAGAGCUCAUCCGACUACAGGCCGCGCUCCGGCACAAAGAGCAGGAGGUUGAGGAGGUCACACAGACCAGAGACAAGCUGGCGGACGAGCGGCGCAGCCUGGCUGAGGUCAUAAGGCAGGAGUUUGCUGAGCGGCUGGUGAUGACCGAGGAGGAGAACCGCAGGCUAAAGGUGGAGGUGUCCGAAGUCCGAGCCAGGCUGCGGCUGGAGGUGGAGAGGAUCAGCAGGGAGAAGGAGGAGGAGCUGGCUGAAGUGCAUCAACGGGUGAAGUCGGCCAUCUUGAAAAAGGACGAAACAGUCAAUAACCUUCGGAAGCAGCAUGAGGCUGCUGUGAAAAGGGCGGAUCACCUGGAGGCUCUGUGGGAACAGCAGCGGAAACAGCUGCUGGAAAAAUGAAUGACACCACCCGGCACACAGCGAUGUGAUCUUGUGGAUGCAAGACUGAACCUGUGGAACUUCAAAAGGAACAAGUGACUGAGCCUUGUCCUACGUCACAUGAAACAAAUAGAACCCUCCCCCUGUCCGAGCAUGAAGGAGCAUGUCGUGUUCCAAACUUCCUGAUUUAAAUGCCACAGACCUGGUGGCACCACAGGAAAAGGCGACAGAUGGACUUCCUUUUCUUCCAUUUCCAGUGGAAGUGAACCCUCCUCACUCCUGCAGGAAGCAGGAAUGCCUCCACCUCCCCACCAGGCUGUCGCAGAGAACGCUUCCAGAUGUUCCUGGAACCAGCCUGGGCCUGUGCUGGUUUAAAGGGGGAGGUGGGGGUUGGUCUUUCUGCAGAAGCACUGACACAACAAAGGACUGAGAUCAGUCGGCAUCGCAGCUCCAGCACCAACCUCCGCCUGAAAGCAGCUCUGAGUCGCCCUUUGUUUAUGUCGGGUCAUGUGUUUUGUCCCACUGCUCCCUCGAGACGAAGGCUACUUACACUCACCCCUCUCCUGCCCUGUGACCAGCUCUGGACUGAGUGUUUUGUGUCUUAAACCAAAGUUUGUAGAAGUAAAAAUGGCACCAGGAUGUUUAACUGAUGGAAAAAGGCUAAAAGCAAGUUGAGAGUUUGACCGUUCGAGUGGCUUUGAAAGUUGGAAGAAAGAAUGUGGAUAGAAAGUGUUUGUAGGAUUAGGAAAGCUGAGCUGGGAUCUGGCAGGAGGCUGAGGGGCACGUGACCAGAGCCACGGAACACGGCACAGCCCACGCAGACGCCUCCGUGUUCACGCAUGGGGCCCCGUGUUCGUGGGGCCCCGGGUUCUCGCUCACAGCUGUUGUUUUGUCGUCUUCAGUUUUAUUUCAGUUUCUUCGCUCCCAUAACUCGACCUCUCUGGGACACAGGCCAUCUUUGUGGAUAAGGUUUCAGUCCAUAGCUUGAGCUGGUGAUGGGGGUGCAGAGGGAAACCUGAAGCCAAGGCCUGUUACGAUGUGAAACACCGUCUGAUGUGACCGUCUACCCACAUUCUAUUUAUUCUGUUGUUUUAUUUAUUUCCAUUCAGCCUUGUUGCUCCACAGGAGGAUCAAGGAUCAUUUAACGGGCUGAUGUUAUGUAUGUGUAUGUCAGGCUGUUCUGACGUCACUGUGAAGGAGGUUCCUGUGUGUAGCGUGGCGCUAACACGGUCGUUCCACUGCCUCUAACUGAGCUCCACCGUGAGUCAUGAGGACGUGGAGCAGCUGGAGCAGUAAACGUUGGAGGCCCUGUCCUUGUUUGUGCCUGUGCUGCGGUCCCUCCCGUUCUCCCAUGUUCUGUUGAAUGUAACCAUUUCACCCCACGCUCUGUUUUCACUUCCUCAACUUGCCUGACUGUAGUUUCACCGAUGCUUCGAUGGUGACGGAUGUAUCAGCUAACACAAUAAAACUGACUGUUUGGAAGAC